UAUGCAAUAGCCUCGUAGAUAUCAAUCAGCCCAUAAAAGUCUUCUUCACUUACAAGAAUCCCCAAUACGCAAUCUUUGUUCCCAGCUACCGACACCCGAGUGAUAUUCAUGUUUGGUGGAGGCAAAGGCAUGGGCGGUGGAGGAGGCAGCAUGUUAAAGGUGGUUGGUAGGGCAGUUACUCGUGCUGGUGUAACCAACCUCCAAGAAUCCAUUUCUUCUUCUUCUUCUGCUAUUUCUAGGUCAUCCCAAAGGCUCAAUUCUUCCAGUAAUAAUAAUCUUAUCUUAUCUUCAGCUUUUGGGUCUCCUUUUGGUAUUACUUGCAAUGUUCCAGUAUCUGCUAAUUCUGGGGGUCCCAACGCCUCUUGCUGGCCUUCUUUUGCUCCUUCUGGUUCUUGUUGUGAUGAUUAUGAGUGGGUUUCUGUGGAAGGGAGUGAAGAGGAUACUGCAAUUGUAGUUGGUGAUGAUUUUGUUCUGGGACCUGUUCCUUCCAGGGACGAAGUUCAUAGCGCUGUCUCUGCCCUUACACAGGUAUUUGAUGCUGCGUCGUACCCACAGUUCAUUACAGAUAAAUUUGCUUGUAAUGUGGAUAUGGAUGUAGCAGAUGAAAUUUUGAGUCCAACUGAGAAGCUGCCCCAUGUUUCUCCAGCUGGGUCAGAAAUAGAUUGGCUGGAGCCCUCUCCACAUCUUUAUAACUCAAGAAUGUUACGUCCUUAUGGACCUGACAGAGUUUAUGAUGCUUUCCAUUUAUUGCAGACCGAGCCAUCUAUUCAGAGAAUGGUCAUCUCAUUGUCUACUGAUAAAGCUGUUUGGGAUGCUGUUUUGAACAAUGAGGUAGUUCGGGAGCUGCGUGAGACCUACCAUGCAGACGAAAGUAUAACUUCAACCACCGAGAGUUCAGAUAAGACUGGCCAUGACUCUAAUCCUGUAUUGAAUGCUGUGAAGUGGAUAUUUGAAAACACAAAGGCAAAAUUCAUGGAAGCAAUUGAGAAGAUAGCAAAGCUGAUGAAUGAGUUGUUCAAAGUACCUAAUGAUGAUAAGAAAACAACAGGAGCCACAGGUCCAUUUGAGGAAAAUCUGAGAACAUCUUUCCUGUUAUCUGUGGUUGUCCUGCUGGUUGUGGUUGUGACUCGAGCCCAUAGGGCUUGACCAUAAUUUAAAAAAAAAAAAAAGUACAGUUAGGCUAACCACACAUCUGGUAAGGAACACUGCUCCUUUUGUACUCGCACAUUUAUAAGUAUUCUCACUGCAUUUAUGUUAGGGCUAAAGUUUGGGAUACUUCCUAAGAUCUCUCAGGUUGAAUGAAAUUCCUUUCAUCACCUUAACCAACCCCUUGAGGGUGACUUUACCUUAAUUUGCCGACAUAACGGGUGGUAUCCUUUCUGGGGUAUUUACUUUUGAGUCUUUCAGCUCAGGAUAUAGUUGUGUUAGAGCUUAUGGCUAUGCAUUUUUCUUUUUUUAAUUAUGGCUAUGUAAUUAAUUUAAGUCCUUUUGUCUUGUUAAGAACGCCUCUCUGGAUAGUCUUAUUAAUGUCAACUUGUUAUGUGCGA